UGGCGCUGGCGAGACCCACCCACGAUGAUUUUCCCGGGGCUCAUCUUGUUCUUAUUCUCGACUUUGCUGUGCCACGUUGCUAUUGCGGGACGGACCUGUCCCAAGCCAGAUGACGUACCAUUUGCUGUGGUUGUUCCAUUAAAAACAUUCUAUGAACCAGGGGAGCAGAUUGUCUACUCCUGCAAACCAGGCUAUGUGUCCCGGGGAGGGAUGAGACGAUUUACCUGUCCUCUCACGGGAAUGUGGCCCAUCAACACCCUGAAAUGUACACGCAGAGUGUGUCCUUUUGCUGGAAUCUUAGAAAAUGGAAUUGUACGCUAUACAACUUUUGAAUAUCCCAACACCAUCAACUUUACCUGUAACCCUGGGUUUUAUCUGAAUGGAACUAGCUCUGCUAAGUGCAACGAGGAAGGAAAAUGGAGCCCAGAGCUUCCUGUCUGCGUUCCUAUGGCCUGCCCACCACCACCAGUUCCUAAGUCUGCAACCCUUAAGGCUCACAAGUCAUCAGCUGGGAACACCUCGCUCUAUGGGGACACAGAAGUCUUUGAGUGCUUGCCACAACAUGCCAUGUUUGGAAAUGACACAAUUACAUGCACAGCCCAUGGAAACUGGACUAAAUUGCCAGAAUGCAAGGAAGUAAAAUGCCCCUUCCCCUCGAGGCCAGACAAUGGGUUCGUGAAUUAUCCUGCAAAGCAGGUGCUUUUUUAUAAGGAUAAAGCCACAUUUGGUUGCCAUGCUACAUAUACACUGGAUGGCCCAGAAGAAGUGGAGUGCACCAAGAUGGGAAAUUGGUCUGCUCUGCCAAGCUGUAAAGCAUCUUGCAAAAUAUCUAUUAAGAAAGCCACAGUGUUGUAUCAAGGAAUGAGAGUGAAGAUCCAGGAACAAUUUAAGGACGGAAUGAAGCAUGGUGACAAGGUUUCUUUCUUCUGCAAAAAUAAGGAGAAGAAAUGUAGCUACACUGAGGAGGCAAACUGCAUUGAUGGCACCCUCGAAAUCCCCAAGUGUUUCAAGGAGCACAGUUCUCUGGCUUUCUGGAAAACGGAUGCUUGGGAUGUGAAGCCGUGCUGAAGUCAAUUUCAGAAUCAAAAUUGAUGUCACAUUUGUAUUUCUGCUUGUCCAAGGACUCCAACUGAAAUAGCAAAAUAAAGUUACUGUAUUGCCUCAGUCA